AUGGAGUCCCAACAGUCUCGGACGUCAAGCCCAGCCCCAUCGCCCGUGUUCCUCCCACUCGGGCGACGGGGAUCUCGAGCCUCACUGUCCACCCAAGCCGAACGGGAAGGUUUAAAUGCGACUCUCGACCAGAUCCAUACGGCAGCAUAUCAAUCGGAUUCUCUCACCGUGUUCAACGAUUUCACAAACCCACCCGCCCCGAGUUCUGCAGCAGAAGAGAAGAGCUUCUCAGGUGAAAUCCAAGGGGGGUUAAGUGGAUUGUAUAGUCGGUUUCGGACCUCAGUUGGCGGUGUGAGAGAUAUAGUCAGCAGCGUGGGAAGGUUGUCGGAUAAGGCAUCCGCAGAAGAUCAUGGUCCAAGAAGCCCUCCGUUAGAGCGCUCCGGAGCAAAGCCUACUCUUGAUCCUGCAGCCUUCGGAGUGGAACCUCAGCAAUACCACCCAGGCUCAUCUCAGGGCUCUAGGCUACAUUCCCCGAUGUCUUCCAGCCAUCACCCUAUCCAAGAUGGCCCUCAAUCUUUGGACACUAAGAAGGGCUCGAAACUCUCGUCAAAGACAACGAGCGUAUCUUCAAAAGCCUCGAUUUCACCCUCCCCUGCCUUAAAAUCUCCAGCUGCUCUACCGAAAGCCACAGCGAACUCUAUAGCCGUUGAUCCGACGGUUACAGAAGUACAUGUCAAUGCCAUGAAGGAUCCAUCUCACUCAAGCAAUAAUUCUGUCAACCUGUCUACCCACAGCUUGCAGACAAUGGAUUCGGGAGGUACAGACAAGGAAGAAACCCCACAUACUGCCUCAUUAAGUUCUUCGGGCUGGAGCCAACGGGUAUCACACUCCCCUGUAUUACAGGCGAAGCCCCAGAGUAGCUCUGUUGAAGGUCCGGGGAUGUCAGAAUUAAGCAGGCCUUCCGCAACAGGUAGCCAAGUGCCUGAUAACAUGAAGAGGCUAGAGGGCCAAGUCGCACACGAGCUAGAUUCGUCGUUGCCUGGCCAAGAGCGGAAAGGUAAGAAUUCGGUUGAUGGAUCCCAAGACAGCAUGCCAUUAUCCCAAGAGAGAUUCAGAUCCAAUUCGGCCUCUUCUUUCAACCCCGACUGGUCCAGUGCCAUUUCGGGAUCUGGAACGAACAGUGUUUCUCACUCCCCUAAUAAUGGAGAUAAUGCAUUCCCUGAUAAGCUACCGGCUUCUACAGCUGCAACAUCGCUGUCACUGACGGACGGGGAGACGCGAUCAAGAGAGUCUUCCAAAACUCAUGUGAAGGAGGUGCCGUCUGUUCCAAGCUCUGCCCGCUUGUCUGGAUAUGUUGCGCCUCAGGCCUCCCAGGUCGAGCCAGCUUCGGGGCUGCCUCUGGUGCCCCCAAUAAACACAGCCGUUGAUCGUGUCCCCAGUAGCCAGGAUGCACGAAGUCGGCGUCCACCGGUGGGAGAAGGUGUCAUAUCGCAUCUCCGGAGUAAACUGCUCAGUAAGGAUUUUUGGAUGCGUGAUGAAAAUGCGAAAGACUGCUUUCAUUGUGGUGAGCCUUUUUCAACAUUUCGACGGAAGCACCAUUGUCGAACUUGCGGCCAGAUAUUCGAUUCCAAAUGCACCCAUCUCGUUCCCGGGGACAAGUUUGGCCAGCAGGGAUCUAUUCGCGUUUGCAAACCAUGUCAAGCCAUGAUCAACGCACAUGACGAUGAUUCGUCCGAGUUUUCAGACAGUGAACAGAGUCCAGUCAUCGUCAAUCCUCGAGUUUCUGACUUUUAUCCUCGUAUGGGUACAGACGAUGAUGACGCAUCUUCCGUUGUGUCCCAAUCGAUCGAGCAUGUAAUGAAGACACCAACUAUGGCAAUCCCGGCCACGAGGCGCGCUGGUGAGGGCCAUAACCGCCGUUCAGCUGUUCUUGAGAUCAGCCCAGACCGUCCGUUAGCAAGGCCCACGUCUUCAAGGUCACUGAAAUCAUCUCUCAGUGGAAGAGCUCACUCCAUAGGGCACAAGCGCCACCACUCUCGUCAACAGGUUAUUCGUAACUUCAAGCCGUAUCAUGAUGAUCGAGCACCAUUCCAGCGGCGUCAUAUGGACGACGCUACCCUUGAAUCCCGACUACCCGCCUUUCACAGAGACAACAUUAUCGACCCGGACCUAGCUCAGUACCUUUCGGAUGAGGCGUCCAGUGGCGAUGAACAGCCAAGUCUAAUGUCAGCAGUUUCCGAGGGAUCACUCUCCAAGAGCGGUGGUGAAACUGAACGAACAACAUUUGGCGGGCUUCUUGCUGCUAUGAAGAAAGGCCGCUCUGCAUUUGGAGAUCGAAGCGUGAUAAGCUUUAAUCAUACGGGUGGUCGUGAGUUGGAUGACGGCAGUUAUAGCAGUUCCAGAGCGGUCAACCUUCCCCGAAGGCGGCGCAAUCUCAGCGUUGCUAGCAGUAUUCAUCAGCGCUACUCUCCUAGAGCGUCGAAGGAAAGCGGUUUCACUACACACGAGCCGUCCAGUGCCGUCCAUGUCUUCCCCAAGGGUAUGCCUACUAGCGGUUUCAAGAUGACAAGGAGCUCUUCAAUGAGGGGGGCAGAGGCCCCCCCAGUUGAGCUCAACAAAGCUAGCUUACAGCAUGUCCGGAAACUGUUACGCCAACUCUUGAACGACUCAUCAGUUCCCCAUGCCCAGAGCUGGGAGACAGCUCUUCUUCCCAUACUUCUAAAAGCGGCAGACGAUGUUGAUCCAGAUGUUCAGGGCGGCGAUGAUAUGGACAUUCGUCAUUACAUUAAGCUCAAAAAGAUCUUGGGUGGUCGACCAGGCGACACAUGCUAUGUCUCUGGGCUGGUAUUCACCAAAAAUCUCGCACUUAAGAGCAUGUCUAGAAGUAUUCCGCAGCCGAAAAUCUUAAUCAUCACCUUCCCUCUCGAAUAUGCUCGUUACCAACAGCACUUCAUGAGCUUGGAGCCCGUAAUUCGCCAAGAACGCGAGUUUCUUGAGAACCUUGUCAGCCGAAUAGCUGCUCUAAGGCCCAAUCUGCUUCUAGUGGAGAAGAAUGUAUCCGGCUUGGCCUUGGAAUUGCUUGAGAAAGCCAAUAUCGCAACCGCGUACAAUGUCAAGUCCUCAGUCCUGGAGGCUGUGUCGCGAUGUACUAAAACAAGGAUAAUCACUUCCAUGGAUAAACUGGUAACUACCCCCAUGGGUAGUGAGUGUGGUAGCUUCGAUGUCAAAACCUAUGUGUUUAAUGGUCAAAAGAAGACAUAUAUGUACCUAUCAGGUUGCCGGAAAGAGCUUGGGUGUACCGUUGUUCUUCGUGGAGGGGACAAAGAAGUCCUUGCAAAAGUGAAGAGGAUCACCGAGUUCAUGACUUAUGUUGUUUACAACCUAAGAUUAGAGACCAGUGUGAUGAGGGAUGAGUUUGCUCAGAUACCAACGUCAUUUGAGGCUGAAACAGAAAAGAAGGCUGAUGAUAUGUCGCGGUCAUCGAUGGCCAAAGCAGAGGAAAGGCAUCGUCCACCACUUCCACAGGCGGAUCCAAAUGACUGGAAGACAGAUGGCCUCUCUCAAGAGAAGGCUGCCAUCACCAGCGAGGACACCGAUGUGCCUGACGACGUGCCUAUGCCAACCUACUAUGAAGACAUCGUUCGGGACCAUGAAACGAAGAUCCUCUCCGCCUCUCCGUUUGUCAAGUUUGAGCCUCCGUACCUGCUAAUGCGUGCCAGAGAGAUGGAACGUAGACUGGACUACCUUAAGCGUCUCCGGGAUCGGGAUCCCGAAUCAGACCAAUCAGUCGAUGAAAAAUCCAAACCACAGAAGUUUGUUUUCAUAACGCCCGAAAUGGUCCACGAGUCGCCACAAGACGCUCCACCUAAAGUCAAAGAGGUCUUGCGUGCAGUUCAUGAUGCCGAAUACGACAGGGCCCUGCACCAUUACCAAACCCAAAAACGGCAAUGGGAAGCGUAUAUAUCUGGUACUGUGGGUCUCUUUGAUCCAUAUGCACACCAGAAUAUUGUUGUUCUCUUUAGCCUCGUCUGCACCACUUCAUCGGUCCCAUGCUCUGGCCCGGAUCUCAUCGCUUUGGAGUACUAUAAUGAACAUGGGGGCGAUACAAUCUUUGAGCCUGAUUGUACACUCGGCCAAUAUGUGGAGGAUCUUUGCCUUAAUGCUAAUGCUAUCUGCACCGUGAAUGGUUGUGAAAAACAUAUGUUUGAACACCACCGCCAAUAUGUGCAUGGAGAAGCCCAAAUCAGUGUUUUCAUUCAGCCGUACCCUUCGAAGCUUCGAGGUUUUCAAGACACGAUCUUGAUGUGGAGCAGCUGCAAGAUCUGUGGGAAUGAAACUCAAGUUUUCCCGAUGUCCGAAAGCACGUGGAAAUAUUCGUUUGGAAAGUAUCUGGAGCUCUCUUUUUGGAGCAAGAACCUCCAUGCCCGGGCAGGUGUUUGCCCCCAUGAUCUACAGCGCGAUCAUCUUCGUUAUUUUGGCUUCAAAGACGUUGCUUUGCGCAUCCACUAUGACACCAUCAAUUUGCUUGAGAUCAUUGUGCCGAGGACCCGGGUCACAUGGAAAGUGGACAAUGAUCUUAAGCUCAGAAAUGAAGUUUAUGCACGAACUGAACUUCGUCUGAACAAAUUCAUGGUUUCCGUCAAAACGCGCCUCAAAGGCAUCAACGUUGAGAGUGUCAUUCCGAAAUUGGCCGACGAAUGCACAAGAGAGAUUGAGAUUUUGACAAAGAAGGCACAUGAAGACCACGCAGCACUCAUCAAGCAAUUACAGGACAAAUAUACGAAUUCUCGAUACUGGGAACUGAUCCCUUUGAAUGAGGUGCUUCGAUCUGUGCAGGAAAAGGUUGUUGAAUGGGACACCGCAUUUGCUGAAUUUGAGAAGAAUUUCUUCCCCUCCGAAAAUGAUAUUAGACGGCUGGCGACCCUACAGCUCAAGAAGAUCUUUCUCGACAGGGACGCUUCAGUCACCUCUCUUAGUUCAGCGGAGGAGGCUACGACUACUCCGACAGAAGCUGAAAGUGAGAGCGCCGAGGAGCCCACUCAAGUACGCACAAUGCGUCGCAUGACACUUUCUCCAGAAAAGACGCAGGAUGUGCUGGUAUCCGUUGUUGAAGAGGACUCCGGGGAGAAGGGCAGAGCAACGGCUCAAUAUGAAGCACCUAAGGUGGAGGAAAUCGAUUCUGCUCCCUCCUCGCCUACCCCAGAACAACAUGUCCUGCACCUCGACUUGGCUGUGCCUCCUUCUCAGCCCGAAGGAUGUUCGGAAGAUAACCAAGCAAAGUUGGGGCCAGUGUCAAUGCCAUUUAAUCCAAGCAAAACCUCAACCGAGACUACCACCCCAGAACGGACGAGACCUAGAACAAACCAGAAGAAUGCUGAGGCUGAGGGAUCUACAACUUUACCAGCAGCCACACCAAGUUCGCCUCUAUCGGCUAUUCCACGGCCUGCCGAUAGUGCCAGCCGGCGCACUAGGAGGACGGCUUCUCCUCCAUUACUUCGUGCUCAGUCACAACCGGCCCACUUUCAGAAAGAUGCAUGUAGUGACAACGGUCUGUCGAGGAUAUAUAAGGCUAGGCCUGGAAGCCCUGCCCCUUAUGACUCGAAGUUUAAACUCUCAGACAAGAAGUUAUCAGACCGUUUGGGACUCGGUGCUCUUCGCAAUAGCAGACUCACAUCCGGGCCUUCUCUCAUUCCUCGCUCGAUCCCGACAAGAAAACACCACUCACGAGUCUCUUCCUUGACCAAACACUUCGAACAGUUGAGCCGCGAGUUCGAAAAGGAACGCCAGCGUGAAAGAGCACGGCGAACUGCAAGGGCAACACAUUCCCGUGCAUAUCCCCUUGCCAAAUCAAAACCGAUUGUGGAAGUUUAUAAAAAUGUCAGGGAGGCAGUGGAAGAGCGAGAACCUUCUGGCGAAGGAGAGGACCUUAUGUCACCUGGUCCACGGGUACCAGGAGAUGACUCGAGUAGAGGAAGUGAGGAAUUCCUCAAGCGGCCUUCAAUAGAAGAGCGGCAAGACCGUAGUAGACAAGAACCAAUGCAAGAUGCUGACAUCGACAGCAAUGCUCCAGCGGAGGAACACCAUAUCCUGUCCGAGGGGGAGGGGGAGGAAGGACAUAGUGAUGAAGAUCGAGCCUCUGCAGACGGGCUCCAAGUGACAGAUUCGAACGAAGAGCUGGCGAAGAUGUCACCGGAGGAUGAAACAAUUGACCUUAAAGAGUUCCCGAAGCAUGAAAGAAGCACACUUCUGAAGUUACUGACCAACUUCUGGUCAGAGCGCUCGGCCAGCGGUUGGACACCUCUCGAUUAUCCGCUCACAAUGUCCGACCACGUCUUUGCGGACUGUGACAUUAUCGUGCGCGAGGAUGAACCAAGUUCUUUGAUUUCAUUUGCGUUAGACUCACAUGACUAUAAAGAGAAACUGGCAAGUAUACAGAGACGUUAUGAAGAGCUCGAUGUGAAAUAUGCGGGACCCGGAGAAGGAUCCCGAGGCUAUGAACGAGGCUCGGGUGGAGCAUGCCCUAUUGAGUUCCAGGAAGGACAAGCGAAGAUGCUUUGCAAGGUGUUCUAUGCAGAGCAAUUUGAUGCUUUGCGAAAGAAAUGUGGAGUCGCUGAGCGAAUUGUUGAAUCAUUAUCGCGAUGCGCUAAAUGGGACUCCAAGGGGGGAAAAACGAAGUCGCUAUUCUUGAAAACUCUGGACGACCGCUUCAUUCUAAAAUCACUGGCCCCCAUUGAAACACAGGCGUUCCUCAAGUUCGCCCCGGCAUAUUUCCAGAUUAUGUCUGAGGCAUUGUUUCACGAACUACCGUCUGCAAUCGCGAAAAUGUUCGGAUUUUACCAAGUGAUUAUCAAGAACCCGGCCACGGGGACCGAGUUCAAUUGGUUCCUUCUACUAAUGGAGAACCUGUUCUACGACCGUGUGCCGACGCGGAUCUUUGACCUCAAGGGCUCCAUGAGGAACCGCAAGGUCCUUCUGGACGAGAACAUGGUGGAUUUCAUCUAUGAGACGCCGCUGUUCGCGCGCGAGCACUCCAAGAAGUUGUUGAGCCAGAGCGUUUGGAACGACACCUUGUUCUUGGGCCGACAGAAUGUAAUGGACUAUUCGCUCAUGAUCGCCAUCGACGAGAGUCGGUCAGAACUUGUGGUCGGGGUCAUCGACUGCAUCCGCACGUACACAUGGGACAAGAAGUUGGAGUCGUGGAUCAAAGACCGUGGGUUCGCCGGUGGGGGGAAGAAUCGACCUACUGUCACUAGUCCGAAGGAGUAUAAGAGUCGAUUCAGGGAGGCGAUGGCCCGUUACGUCCUCCAAGCGCCCAGUUUCUGGCAUCAAUUCCAACAUCCCCAGAUGUAUCGGUACGCCCCGGUGGAACAACAAAUCCUGGAUGGGGAUGCCGCUGAGCCCGAGCCAGUCGAGUUCUAG